GUAUGACAAGGCGAGCUGGUGCUAUAUUUAUCUUGUAGCUGUACACGCAUUUGCAAGAGGUCGUUCAAUAACAGAAAGGCAAAGAGCCAAUGUAGUUUAAAGAAAGUUUGUUCUACCAUAGUUCUAACUUUUUGGGUUGGCUUAAAGACAAGGCUACAUACUUCUGGAGGAAGUAUUUCUGAUAUGAAACAAAAACUUUCCUGAGCUGUCUCUGGAAAGAUCAGGGUUUUGUGGAGAAGGGGGAAAAACGUUUUUAAAAUGGAGUUCAAUAGAUGUUCGGGUGCAUCAGCAGAAGAGGACAAAGGAAGACAAGAGGGUGGGGAAGAUGAUAUUAAUAGUGCUGGCAGUAGUGUUGCCCACGAAGAGCUGGAUUUGGUACAAAUGUACCUUACCUGUUUGCCUGAAAGAUGUAUGAAAGCGAAAUUCACUCUGACAGCAUACCUGACAUGCUGGCUGUUGCUGAAGCUCUGCAAGAAAGCCUAUGAGAAAAGACUCUCAGCUUCUAAAAAGGAGUGCCAAGGAAGUGCUGUAAAAAGGACUGCUGGAGAAAAAGAAGAGAGUACUUCUGAAAAGAGGCAGCUCCACAUCCAGACCCCAGAGCCAGUUGAAAACUACAUCAGUGAAGGAGAGUUUGAAGAUGAGCUGAGUUCUUCUACGCCGAGCACGAUCGAGCUGGAGAUACGUGGAUCCAGCCAAGAAACAGAUGAAGAUUAUUUUGAGACCCUGUCACAUCAGAGUGGAUCUUUGUCAGAUGUAAAAACUGAGCCUUAUGAGAGUGCAUCAGACACAGAAUCUGUUUCCAGUGAUGUAACUGGGGAAACUUGCUUGGAUUCAAACUGCCUUUUUAUUGAAAAAAAACCUCUGUGCUGUAGUCUUCCUAAAGCAAAGGCAGAAACAACCCUCCAUGAACUUAAGUGCUCAAGGCAACCAGAAUUUACCCAGCAGGUGCGGUUAGAAGUAUCCUCCGAAAUAAAAGCAGCAGCAAGCAAAACUGAAUUUUGCAUACAAUCUCCGAAGUCAGAACGUGAAGAAUUGGGUGAUGAAGAGCUAACAUUAACUAGGGGUACUUCCAACAGAGAGAACCAAGUCAGACAAGAGGGCAUUGUAUUACAGACAAAUAGAAAGUUUGUAGCAGUAUUGCAAAAUAAAGUGAAGUUUGAAAACAGUAAAGUGCAGUCCUGUACCAACUCAGUACCUACAGAAGAUGAUGUUACAAGAGAGAAGGAACAUCCUGCAGUAUUAAGCAUUGCUUGUUUCAAAGCAAACUCAGAAAGUUCUUUGAUUUUUCCUGAGGUACAGCAAUUUUCCUUCCGUUCAGAUGCAACAUCAAGGUGUAGUUUGCCUAAUCUUCAUUUUGAAAAAAAUGGACCUAACUAUAGAAGUUACACUGAGACAUCUGACUAUAUGCGUGAAUUAGAUUCUAUGUCCAAUAUAAAAUGCAGCAGGAGGAACUCAGUUGACAGUGAGGAAACUACAGGUAAAAGGAUAAAACGUGGAAGUACAGAGACCAUGUUGACAACAGAUUCAUUCUUUUACCAGAGUUGCUUCAAACCAAGAUCUCAACCACCACUCACAAGGUCAGAGAUUACAGAAAGUAAAACAUGGCACAGUGUACCUGAAAAUAUCAGUGCUCAAAGCAAGACAGAAUAUGUGGGGAACUGUAUUCAUCUGACAGACAAAUUUAGAUGGUCAUGUUCCAGAAUACACCUUCAGGGGCUGGAUUUUGAACACACUUGGAAAAAUUUAGGAAGGGUACCUGUAAGCCCUGAAAAGGCAAUAAAAAUAGAGGGCAAAGUUGGCAUAAAAAGAUCUCUUAAUACUGACAUAGACUCAAAUGAGUGUCAGGUUUCUCAGACAGCAGGCUCUUCCCAGUGCAUUGAUUAUUUGCACUCUAAAUCAGAGACAUGUGGCCUUAGCCCAGAAGCAGUAGGUACAUCUGCUGAUAGCUUAUCUUCUACAGAGAUCGAUGCUUGUGAGUGUAACCCUAAACAAAAGGAGACUUCAUCUGCCCUGGACUAUGAGCCAGUGAUCAUAAAUGCUGAAGAACUUACAAAAAGUGACCAGUACAAAGCUGAAAGAGAUCUGGGAGCAGACAGAUUCCCUUUUGAUAUUGACGUUGAAUCUGGCAUUGGUGACACCGAGAACCUAGCAGCUUGUCACGUAGGUUUUCCUGCUGUUGUCGAAAACAGAGAUUGCAGUUAUUCUGUAAACUGUGUUUCCACUGCUACAAUACAGCAAAAAAGUUUGAAGGAGAAUGGCCUUGAAUCUGAACUCUCAGGUAUGGAGAUCGCGGUAGGGGAAAGAUGGGUAGAUGAUUCUUCUAACCUUGACUUGGGUUGGAAGGUCCUGGACACCACAUUGCAGCCAGGUGGCAGUAACACUGAGGCAGAGCAGAAAGAGUCAAUGCAGCGAAAUACAAGGUGCAAAACUGGUGCCUUAAGGAGUCAUUCUGAGCUAGUAACAAAUGAAGAACCUACUCAUGAAGGAAAGGAUGAAGACAGUAUCUUUGCUGUUGAAAUGGCUCCCAGAUCAGAUUGUAUAAGCCAGAGAAGGCAUUUAAUGACUCUUCCAGAGUUAAAGUCUGCCCUAAUUAUACUAUCUGUAGAGCAGAAAGGAUUACAGUCCAAGACACUGAAUGAUAACCUUCCUACUGAAGUAAUUGGAACAUUGAGACAUGUAGUGAGCAAGGAUUUGAUGUCUCCUCGUACUGUCAGCAAAGCUCACGUUGAGCCAGAGAGAGUUCUGAGUGAAAGCUGUAGCUGUGAAGAACAAAUUCUGGCCACCCACCUCAUUCCUGGUCGUGCAGAGGUACUCCCUGGUGGGGAUACAGCUGAAGAAACCCCAGAAAUUUCACAAGAGAAAAGAGAGAAAACAGAUGCAGUUUCAUCCUUAGGGUUCACCCGUAGUAAUUCCACGGUAACAAGUGCAGAAGUGGAAUUCAGGAGCGUUACUGUACCACUGGGCAGUGAAAUACUUACUGCAGAAAGUCAGGCAGAUCAAUGUGAAGAAGCACUCUUAAAAUCACAUAGCAGAAGUGGUGUUACUAUCUCUGAAAAAGAGCCUUGCAGAACAAAGACUGGUUUGGAAUUAGAGACAGAACAAUUCAGAAAGUCAUGGGAUGAAAGGAGAGAUGACCAGGUGUCUAAGGAAGAGGAAUUCGAAACGCAUGAAGGCAGAGAGGAGGGCUUAUCUAUAACUAGUGCAGUGACACUGGAAGCGUGCAAUGUAAGCAACUUGUGUCAGGGAAAUGGUGCUGAUGUUGACCUUCAAGGGGCCAUCAUGAUCUCUGAACAAGCGGUGGGCAGGCAAGGAACUGAAGGCUGUAAUGGUUCAAAGGAGCAAAUAGGUAUUUGUGAGGAGCCUUCUCCUAGUGAAGGAAAGGAGAGCUCUCCUGCAGAAGACACAGCUAGCCCUAGCAAAGACAGCGCGCUGAAUCUAGAUGCGUCUGAUGUCUUUAACUAUUCUGUGAAAAGGGAGACCCAUAAUACUUGUGUGCUGGGCCUAGAUAAUAUAAGUACCUGCAGCACUAACAGCGAGGAAAUGGAUGAGAACUCAGUCCAUAUCCUGGGAAGCAGCAGUGGUCUCUAUAAAGCUGUGCAAAAGCCAACAAAGAAUGGGAAUAGUGGGAAAGCUUCCAGAUUUUUAGUAUUCUCAAAAAUGACUUCUUUCAGGAAAACUAAGCCUGCCACAGCAGAAAAUCAGGGAAGCAGCAGCUUCUCUGGCAGCAAAGCAAAGAUGGAAGAACUGGAUGCUGGGAAAGAGGAUGAAGACACUGAAAGUUUACAGUCUUUCAAAAGUUGUUCAUCUGGUUCAGCCUUCCACAGGAAGGAAAGCUACACCUCUGAGUACUCCGACGAUGAUGAUUUAUUCUAUGAGAGACCUGCAGGAUUAUUCAACAGAAUGAGCCUGAGGAAGGCUUCUGGCUCUGGUCGGAUACUGAUGGAAGAUGUAGAUACAAAUUCAACUUCUCCCACUCUGGCUGCUGUCAAAUAUGCAGAUCAUCAAGCUUCAGGUUCAUCUGAAAACAAUGACAGUGAACCUGUGGAAUACUCUGGCACUAGAAAAUCGUUCCCUGAAAAUGAAUACAAAAGAAACAAAAACCCCGAGGGUAAGAAGUUCAAGACAAGGUUGGCCUUGGCACACAAAUCCCUCUCAAGCUUAUUUGAAUCCAAAUCUCCAGAAAAGGAAAAUACUGAGCAAAGCUCAAGAGUAUCACUGAAAAAUGAAAAGGAGAAAGCCAAACUUCGCCAGAGCGCCUGGAAAGCUUUUCUAAAAAGCAAGGAGGCAGAUGGACUAAAAAGGCCUGUCUUAGCAAGUUUAUCACCAACACAAGACAGUCUUGAUGCAACUAGAGGCCAUGUAAUGAGAACAGCGUCAGUAGAGCGACAGGGUAGUUCCAAUGGACACACAUUUUUUAAAACAGAAACGGCUAAUGGCUCCUCAACAGAACCCAACUAUUUUGACACCUCUGUGGAGCCUGUUGAUGUCUCUUCACCUGCAGGUAUGUGGAGAAAACGAAUACAGUCCCAUGACCUGGGCAUCAGAUACUCACAGAGUUCAGACUGUGAUGAACAACAGGAGGCUCUGAGCAACAGUUUAAAUACUUCUUUAGAAGAAUACUGGAUGAAAUCUCCAUUUAGCCCCACUGACUUGCAGUUGUCAUUUAGUCAGUCAAGCCCAUCAUGUCCCCAGCUCACUAAUUCUGACGGUAAAGAUAUGCCUUGUAGGCCCAUGAGUCCUAAACCGCAGAGUCCACGAUCUGCUUCUCAACACAAGAGCUUCCGUUAUCCCGGAAGAAUAUGUGCCACUUCAAUGAUCUCUCUUGGGAACAGCUCUGCCGUUGAAAGCAAUUUGGAGGCUCCUGAGAGACCAAAGACACUGAAACCCAGAGGUAGUCUCUUACUUUCUGUACACUCAUUGGACAACGAAUACCAGAGGGAUGACAGCGGCAUAAGUAGUCAAUCCCAGAUCAGCUUAAAUACAGCUUCUUCCAUUAGUGACAUGCUCCGAGAUGAGGAGUCUAAACAGCAAUGUCAAACACCACCUGAAAAGAGGCCAAAUGAGAAAUGGGUUCCCCAUCGCAAAAGAAGGCCCCCCCUGGUUCCACCAUCCCCACGCCCUAUCUCCACCCUGGAGAGCAAAGCCUGGAGGCUUUCCUUCCUUGCUCCAGAUGAAAAAGCCAAGGAGAUUCCAGAGAGGAGGAGGAAGAGACCUAAAUCCCUCUAUAAGUGCUUCAGCUUCGAUGAUGUUUGGAUGGAGAGGAACCAAAAAAGGAAGCUAGAGAAGGAGACACAGCCAGAGAGAGGGAUUCAAUUGCGGCACCUCCCAGAGGACCAGUUAAAAGCUGGAAGAAGUCCAUCCAUCACGUCUGCUGUUGCCUUUGACAUCCUACCAUUGAAACUGCAUCCAUUUUCCCAGAGCACUCCGACAGGCUUAGACUGCGUGGGCUGGAAACGGCGCAUCUCCUCUCCUGUGAUCACCGAUGGGGCACUGGAUAAGACAGCUCUAACAGAUGAUGUGGGAAGUGAGGAGGACCUGUAUGAGGACUUCCGGAGCUCCAACCACCGCUAUGGCCACCCUGGGGGAGGCGGAGAGCAGCUUGCCAUCAAUGAGCUCAUCAGCGAUGGCAGCGUGGUGUACGCAGAAGCCCUCUGGGACCAUGUCACGAUGGAUGACCAAGAGCUGGGAUUCAAGGCUGGCGAUGUCAUUGAAGUAAUGGAUGCUACCAACAAGGAGUGGUGGUGGGGGAGGAUUCUGGACAGCGAAGGCUGGUUUCCAGCCAGCUUUGUACGGCUGCGAGUAAACCAGGAUGAACCCAUGGAAGAUUAUCCCCUGAAGGUAGAGGGUGGCAAAGAGGACGACUCCAGCAGUGGCAGCCGCCGCUUUGGGAUGGGGCAGACCACCAAAGACCAAAUGAGGACCAACGUCAUCAAUGAGAUCAUAAGCACAGAGAGAGACUACAUCAAGCACCUGAAGGACAUCUGUGAGGGCUACAUUAAGCAGUGCCGCAAAAGAGCUGACAUGUUUACAGAAGAGCAGCUGAAGACAAUCUUUGGGAAUAUUGAGGACAUCUACAGGUGCCAGAAGAAAUUUGUUAAGGCACUAGAGAAGAAAUUCAACAAAGACCACCCACAUUUGAGUGAGGUUGGCUCAUGCUUCUUGGAAUAUCAAACGGAGUUUCAGAUAUACUCUGAAUACUGCAACAACCACCCCAAUGCCUGCAUGGAGCUCUCCCGCCUCACCAAAGUUAGCAAGUACGUCUACUUCUUUGAAGCCUGCCGCCUGCUGCAGAAGAUGAUCGACAUCUCUCUGGAUGGCUUUCUGCUGACUCCUGUGCAGAAAAUCUGCAAAUACCCACUGCAGCUGGCCGAACUGCUCAAAUACACCAACCCCCAACACAGGGAUUUUAAAGAUGUCGAAGCUGCCUUAAAUGCCAUGAAGAACGUUGCUCGGCUCAUCAAUGAGAGAAAGCGGCGGCUGGAGAACAUUGACAAAAUUGCUCAGUGGCAGAGUUCAAUAGAAGACUGGGAGGGUGAAGAUGUCCUAGUCAGAAGCUCAGAACUCAUCUAUUCCGGGGAAUUAACCAAAAUCUCCCACCCUCAAGCCAAGAGCCAACAGCGGAUGUUCUUCCUCUUCGAUCACCAGCUUGUCUGCUGCAAGAAGGAUCUUCUGCGCCGGGACAUCUUGUAUUAUAAGAGUCGGAUCAACAUGGACGAUAUGGAAAUACUGGAUGUAGAAGAUGGGAAGGACAAGGACUUCAACAUUAGCGUGAAAAAUGCAUUUAAGUUACACUGCCGAGACACCGAGGAAGUCCACUUAUUCUGUGCAAAAAAGCCUGAGCAGAAACAGCGCUGGCUGAAGGCAUUCGAGAAUGAAAGGAGACAGGUUCAGCUCGACCAGGAGACGGGUUUUUCAAUCACAGAGGUGCAGAAAAAGCAGGCGAUGCUGAAUGCCAGCAAGCAGCACCAUUCUGGGAAGCCUAAGGCUGUCACCAGGCCAUACUACGACUUUCUGAUGCGUCAGAAGCAUCCCACCCUGCCUACCACGCUCCCUCAGCAGCAAGUCUUCAUGCUGGCAGAACCCAAGCGCAAGCCCUCGAACUUCUGGCAGAACAUCAGCAGGCUGACGCCCUUCCGGAAAUAAGGGCGGCCCCGUGUUUGUGCCUGAACCCCUUCUGAGAAAGCACUUUAUCCGUCAGUCCUAGGAGGUGGAGCCCAGGUUCUUCCAAUCCUUUGUUUACAGAGGAUGGCACGUGUGCUCCUGCCUUCCCUAUUUAUUUCGCAGCCUGACUGGCCGCACUGGCUCUGAGGUGAGACACUGCGUGUGCGCUUGCACAUGUGUGCAUUUGUGCCAGUCCCAUCGAGCCAGCCUUGCACAGCGCCCGAGAGGCAAACUUCCAGGCAGCGCUCACAGGAGGGACCCUGACAUGUUUCAUCUGAAGAGAUUUUGCUUCUCAGCUGUACUUGGACCCACUCCUUCCCGCGGUGAACACGGCUGCUGUCUGGCUGCUGUCAGAGAGGGGAUGGCAGCUGACACUCCUGCCGGCUCCGUGUCCACUGACACGCUCAGAACAACAGUUCCGAGUCACUGCCAUGAUACGUUUUCCAUGGAGGGAUAAACCCUUCUGCUCUCUGCCCACCCCACUCCCCCCGUUCCUCAGAGACAUGAUCCUCCUACACACAUCUAGGUCAGGCAGUUGGCCUUUGCGGGCACUCAGACGAGACAACAGUGAGUAUUGCACUGCGACCUUCUCCCUCCCUUUAGCUCAACGCCACCGAUGAACUCCACAGCCCAUUAACUGUGCCAAUCGACCUGCAGCAUGAGUAAAGUUCAAGAAUCUCUCUAGUGGGUUUGAGUUACCUAAGUUAGAGAAAAAUGUGCCUAAUUAAUACCGUACUCAAUUCCUUCAAUUCUCACGUCUCCAUCAUUCUGCCAUAUUUCCUGGCCAAUGAAAAUGCUCAUUGUUUGUAAUGUGUUUAUUUAUGGUAAAAAUCAGAACUGUGUAUUUUGUAAGUCUGUAAUUGUUCUUGUCAGAUGUUGUUAACUUGAUGCCUGUUUUGUCUGGGGUUUUUUUUUUUUUUUUUUUUAAAGAAAGUCAAUAUUUGCAAACCUAGCUCCCAGAAGUCAGAGUCUGCAGUUCAGUUCUGAAAGACUAAACCUAUGGUUGUUAUGCAAACUCCCACAGACUUUCAGUCCAAGGGGUAGCACUACAUAUUUCUGACACCUUUAAAAAAAUGGAAAGGCACUUUAAAAGGGCUUAAAUUUGGUAUUGAGAGUCUCACUUUAAGUACCCAAGUUCCAAACUGUGGCCAAAAAGAAUUAAUUUAAACCUUGGAUAGGAAAAGAAAGAUUUGCCUUACCAUAGUGAGAGUUAGAAGCCAUACUGACUGAAUUCCCUAGCUUAGGAGGCAUCCUGUGAUGUUGGAAGGAAGACACCUGCGCAUUCCAACAUGAUGCUAGUGUGAGUGAGCACUAACUGUCUGCAGAGCUCAGAAAUCCAGUGUUUGCUGAUGCUGUAGCUGACCAAAAUCUGGUCAUCCAGGGACAUCUGAAUUCAGUAGCAUGUACAAAGUCCUUCUUGCACUAUUAUCUUCCCCCCAGACCAGGGGCAACAUUUAAUUUCAUAAAGAAACUUGUAAAAGUGACUCUCAGCCUGUGUUUGUCUCCAACAUGUCUAUCUGUGUGAACUUGUUUCUCUUCAAAGUCACUCUAGAGAUUCUGCUCUUGCAGCUUAAAAAGUGACCACUGAUCAGUAGAGGCCAUGCUAGAGGUCACCCUCACCAAAGCCAUCCUUCGGAUGGAAGACUGGCGAAGCAGAGACUGGACCGGAGAUGUGCUGGGUGCUUAGGACACUGAUCGAGGUUAGCAAGUCACCAGCUCUCAAACUCCUGAGAGUUACAUGAAUGGAAAACAUGUCUAGGAAACAUCAAUAAAGCUGCAGGGGCUGCUCAAGCCCACUUUGAGCAAUCUGGAAGUAAAGAGGAACAGCCAGCACCAAGAAGUAAGAAACAUAGUUGAAAGAGAACCCAGCUUCUCCUCCUGGGACCUGCCCAGCCUGGGAAAAAAACAUAACUCCAUGCUUUUCUAGGCAGGACCACACAUGACAUCACCAUUCGAUAGGGUCCUACAGACAGUGGUGACCAAAAACCCCCAAAACUUCCCUCUUGUGCUGCCUCUGCCCUCCAUGUCACCCCACACACCAGAGGAACAUGGGACUUGCCAAAGUGGUAGCGGAGCCUUGAGAGGCUGGCUUCCUGCCUCACAGUGACCUGAACCAGCAACCAACAGUUACAGGUCAGGUCUGGUGUGUCAAAAAAGCCUCUCUAAUGGCAUGGAGGAGUUGGGAAGAUAAGCCAGUGGGACAUUGCACGAAUGGCCUUCAAAGACUGUACAAACAGGUGUGGUCCAUUGAAGUUGGGAGGGGACAAAAACCAACCAACAACAACAAAGACCAAAAACCCCCCAAACCUCAAGCCUCAUUUGCACAGUAUAGCUGCAUCAUCAGCCUUACGGGGCUCAGCAUCACCUGUCCUCACCCUCUUGCCCUUUCAGCCCACACCCCCACCAUGAGCCCUGGCUGAGCCCCCCACCAUGGCCCAGAGCACAGGGGCAGCCUAAGCUUGAGCAGCCAACUUGAGAAUGUUUUUGCCAGCUGGGUCUCUCAACCCAAACUAAGAUACAGAGUAUUUGUUCUGUACACUUGAGAGGGCAGUGUGUCAAAAGGUGGAGGGGGCAGGGGGCUGGGGCUACUAAAAAAAAAAAAUAAAAAAAAAAAUCAGGCUCUGACAGAAGCCACUGAGAUCAGGCCACUACUUCUUGCCAAGUGCAAGAAUUAACAGCGACACCUCCUCAACCCAUGGCAGGGCACCAAGUGCUCUGCAUGCCCUGAGCAUUACAUGGGUUGGCCAUUUCACCCACCACCAGAUCAGAGCCUCUGCUAAACCCCAGGGGCUGCAGGCACACCGGCUGCCCCUGCCCCCCCAGCAGUAGGUGGAGGUCAGACGCUCUACUGAGCUAAACCAGACGCAGGAAAUGGUGCAGCGCCCAUUCCCGCAGCUACAGUAUUAGCACACUGCCCUUUUGCAACAACCACCAUUCACCCCUCCAACAAGCUGAAGCUUCUACACACCACCCCCCCCGCCGCCCAGGGGCCCAACCCCACAUUUGGUGCCUGAUGCUCAGGCGUAAACUUAAGCCCAAGAGGUGCUGCUGCGCUCAACCCUGAGCAGAGCAACCCUCCCAUGGGGCACCGCAGCAUCCCUAGGGCUCAGCUGCCCUGGCUGCACUGCCGCAGCCAGCACCCCGCAGUAACAGAAGGCCAUUGUCACGUUUGUGUUUACCCUAAGUGUCUGCAUCCUCCUUUCCUUAUCUGUGGCAUGGUUGUUUUGAUUGGCCAGGAAAAAGAAAAAAAAAAAUAAUAAAAAAAACCUAUUGGCACAGAAACGAUCAAUUCUCUGACCUUACCAGCUUUGCAGUAAGUGGGGGAGGAAGGCUGGAUUGACCCCAUGAGCCUGGGCGUGAAGGAACCGUGGGACAAUUCCCCCACAACACAUGGAUGCACACACAC